AUGAAGUGGUUCGCUUUCACCCUACUGCUCAUUCAGGCAGGAUGGGUUUCGUCCUGCAUUUUUGACAAAGUGGAGAGGUUGGAAAGCGUUACUUUUGAAAGACCUGUGGUUGACAACAUCAACGAAUGCUUUGCUGCGUGCUACGAGAACGCGAUAUGUAUUGGAAUCCAGUAUUGGAAGAACAAAAAGGAGUGCCACCUGUUAAACGCUGGAAAUACUCUACACCGUACUUUGAAUGAUGGCAGCGCCGUUGUCUACAGCCUCCUCCGCGACGACGUGGAUCCGACGUGCCAAACAUUCCUGAAUGUUUGA